AUGGAAGAGGUGUCAGCAGUCCUGGCCAAAAUCCAGCCAAAAUGCUUCUGUCCCGUCUGCCUGGACUACCUCAAGGACCCUGUCACCAUCGACUGCGGCCACAACUUCUGCGACUCCUGCAUCCGCAUGUCAUGGAAGGACCUGCAGGACACAUUCCCUUGUCCCGUGUGCCAGCUGGUCCGCCAGGAGAUGCGUGUCAGUGCCAACGCCCAGCUGGGCAGGCUGGUGGGCCUGGCCAAACGCCUGUACAGCUCCAGGAGCAGCAAGAUGGCAUGGGGAAAGGAGCACAGGCAUGAAGACCACAGGCAGGGGAUGAGCCUCUUCUGCGAGGAUGAUCAGGAGCUGCUAUGUCCCCUGUUUGCCCGGUGUCUUGAUCUUCAGAGUUCUGUGGAAGAGUCCGCAUCCUAUCACAGACAGAGGCUCAACAGGUACAUCAAGUCCCUGAAGAAGCGGUUGGCAAAGGUGCAGAAGCUAAAAGUCACCCAUGAUAGAAAGAUCCUUCAACUGAUCGAGGAGGCCAGAAUGCUUAAGAGUCAGCUGGCCUCAGAAUUUGAGCUGCUCACCCAGUGUGUGGAGCAUGAGCAAGAGGCAGCUCUCGGCAGGCUGGCAGAAGAGGAGAAACGCCUGCAGCAGCAGCUCAGGGCCAACCUGGAGGCCUACUCAGACCACAUCUGGGCGCUGAAAGACCUCAGACGGGAGGUGGCGGAGCGGAGCGUGAUGUCCGAGGAGAUGGUGCUGAGGGGGGUGAGGGGCCUGCAGCAGCGCUGGGCAGGCCUGCAGCCCCUGGCCGUGCAGCCCCUGCACUUCAGGCCAGCGGCCUACAGCCUCCCUCCUCUGUGCUCGGCGCUCAGCAGCAUCAUCCGGAGAUUCCGAGAGAGCAUCAGCCUGGACCCCCACACAGCCCAUCCCAGCCUGCGUGUGUCUAAAGAUAAAAAGUCUGUGACCUGGGUGAGGAAAAAUCUCAACCGUUCUGGAAAUCCCGGGCCAUUGGAAGAUGCUGCCGAGCUGGUGGUCCUGGGCCGGGAGGGCUUCGCGUCUGGCCGCCACUACUGGGAGGUGCAGGUGGGCGCCAAGCCCGAGUGGGCCGUGGGCGUGUGCAGCAUGGCCCCUUCGGCCCAGGCCUCGCGUCCCCUGGCGGCUCCCAAGAGAUGCUGGACGCUGCAGUUGCAGGACGGCGACUACCUGGCCGUGAGCAUGAGUGCGGGGGCCGUGCCUCUGGCUCUCAGGGACCAGCCCGCGGCCAUCGGCAUUUACCUGGACUGGGACCUGGGCCAGCUUUCCUUCUACAACGCCACCGACAGGUCUCACCUGCACUUGUUCAACGAGCCCUUUGCUCAAGAGCUCAAGCCGUACUUCCGCGUGGGGCGCGACUGUGCCCCUCUCUCUGUGGGCGCGGGCAGGGCUUAG